AAAUCAACGCUAGCUAACGUAACGCCUAGUUAGCAACUGACGCUAGCUACGCUGCACAACAACGGCUAGUUUUCUCGCAGCCGGCUUCGAUACGGUCAGCAAGUCUCCUCUACCGUGUGUUACGAGCUGAAACUGUGGAAAAAUGACAUCCAAGAAGAGGGCGCUCCUGAAAGUCGUCAUCCUGGGAGAUUCAUUUGUUGGGAAGACCUCCUUAAUGAACCAGUAUGUGAACAAGAAGUUUAGUAACCAGUACAAAACCACAAUAGGAGCAGACUUCCUAACGAAGGAGGUGAUGGUUGGAGACCAGGUCGUUGUAUUGCAGAUCUGGGACACAGCUGGCCAGGAGAGGUACCAGUCUUUGAAUGCUGCCUUCUAUCGUGGAGCAGACUCCUGUGUGCUGGUUUUUGACUUGACAGUGCAAAAAACCUUCAAAUCGCUUGACAACUGGAAGGAAGAGUUUCUGUUCCAGGCCAGCCCUCGAAAUCCCGAGAACUUCCCAUUUGUGGUGCUAGGCAACAAGAUUGACUUGGAAAACAGAGAGGUGACCACCAAAAGGGCUCAAGCCUGGUGCCAAAGUAAGAACAACAUCCCCUACUUUGAGACCAGUGCGAAAGACACCACAAAUCUAGAACAGGCAUUCCAGACAAUUGCAAGUAACACACUCAAACAGGCCUCACAGGGGACAGAUGUGGAGUUGUAUAAUGACUUCCCAGAGCCCAUAGUAUUUGGAGAGAAUGAUGAAUCUAAGUCUUCAGCAAAAAGAUGCAGCUGCUAAGGGAAAACUUGAACCAUCUUCUCUCUUAAGUUUUUGGAAACACACUGUCACCUUGGUUACAUCACCUCCACCUCACUCCCAGAGAAUGGAAACAGCCUACUGUUCUCCCUCCUCCAUGCCAUUGUUUAUUCCAUCAACACUACCCUUCACACAAUGUGCUGCACAUGGAAGGGCCCCCUCUAUCUUUAUAAACAAAUGAAUACACAUUUCUAGCAUCUCUCGCAGGAAUCUUGGGGUAACCUUUGACUGAUUUUCAC